AUGGUGCCGUCUCCACAAUCUCAGCAGCAGUCGAAGACUCGAGUGAAUGAAGACUCGAGGGUAGACACAACUGUGGACAUCCCGGAUGAAUGCGACCCCGCAGCGCCUCAAAGUUCGUGGAGACAAUUUGUUACCAGCUACCGCGCGCUGGAAUUCGCGUGCACUCUGUGUCUCUAUCCUUUGGCCUACGUGUUCGCGUCGAUCGACGUCUACGAAUGCCCGAUUCCUGGAAUUCGAGUCCGGUUGAACACCACAGCGGAAGUUUGGGCGCUGGACCCUGCGAUUAACGAGACGAAGCUGGCGCAAGAGGUACCGAUUUGGUUGCUGGUGGCGUUGGGCGUCUGCUUGCCCGUCGGGGCCAAUCUGGCGGUGAACUACGCGCUACCGGCAUUCUGCCGGGUCCGCGUCAUCGCUCACGACACGCGCGAUUUCCUGCUGAGCCUCUUCCAGUCCUCCAUGGCUCUGGCGGAGUUCUUCACGCAGUUCACCAAGAAUAUGACGGGUCGCUUCCGCCCGUGCUUCUACCACAUGUGCAAGUGGAACUACGACGCUGUUUGGGACGGAGUCACCAACUUGUGUACGGACGCAGCCGGAGAGAAGGAAGGCCGCAAGAGCUUCCCGUCGGGCCACGCUUCCUUUGCGUGGGCCACCAUGCUCAUUCUCACGCUCUACCUGUUGGGUCGAUCUCGUCUGAAUUGCGAGGAUCGCAGUAUCUCCAUGCUGCGAGGUGGCCAAAGGUCCAUCAUGCUGUUCCUCUGCUGCGCGCCAGUGCUGCUUGCUGCGUGGGUCUCCGUGACGCGCUGCAUCGACAACUGGCACCACUACAGCGACAUCCUGGCUGGCAGUGUCAUCGGCGCGGCUGCAGCAAUCUUUUCGUUCAACUACAACUACGGAUCGAUCUUUGGCUGGGACUCUGCUGGCCUGCCUAUCGAGGAAAUUCACGAGCGUCGCAUGGUUAAGCGCUGA